UUUGUGUUCGUUUGCAGAACGCCGGUAUAUUCAUAGAAGAAGAUUUCAUGCAGCUAGUGUUUUGCUAUCCGAAAUCUUAGUUGCUAGAUUACACAAACGCGAAAGUAAUCACUUAAUAAGAAAAUAUUGUUGCUCAAGCUGGAGAAGGGAACAUACGUAUGAAAAGUGUUAAUUAAGCCAGUUACUGACAGAACCUGAACUGUUAGAUGGUUAGCUAUGCUCCAAAGUUCGAUUGUGGACCGACUUGUUAGCUAACUUUACUUACAGCAACUCGCAGAUAACACUACAGUACAGUUAAACAAUAGUGUUUCUUGGACGCUGUGGCGAGAAUGUUUUUAGAUUGUUUUUGGUAACGUGGGUGAAGUGUCAACCCGUGAACCUGUGUUUGCAAUACGGGACGGACGUUAAACAUGACGGAUGUCAGUAGCCCUCCUGAAGAAGGAGAUAUGAUUGAGCAUCUUAAAGAAGAAGAGGACGAGGAAGAGCUACCGCACUCGGAAAUUUUAGACAUCUUUGAGGAAGGACUGGCUCUGAUCGUUCAGGACCCUCUGCUCUGCGACCUCCCAAUCCAGGUGACCCUAGAAGAGGUGAACUCGCAGGUUGCUCUUGAGUACGGUCAGGCUAUGACUGUGCGAGUAUCGAAGGCGGACGGGGAGGUCAUGCCCAUUGUGGUUGUGCAACAGGCAACAGUGCUCCACCUGAAGAAAGCCAUCCGCAGGUACCUCGAACUCAAACAGCAACGCGAAGGAGGCAUCAAACACAUAAGCUGGAGAUACGUAUGGAGAACAUUUAAUUUAGUCUUUAAUGGCGAAAAAAUGGACGAAGACGGAAAGAAAUUGAAAGAUUAUGGGAUCAAAAACAGAGACGAGGUGACAUUUGUCAAGAAGCUGAGGAAAAAAUGAUUGCAAUGCAAAUUUCUUUCGUGUUUAGGAUAUACAAAUUAUCUAGUUUUUUUGGCUACCUCGCAUCUUUGUGUGUUUUCCGAGGUGUAUUUCUCACCCCUUACUGUCGCGUCACCUCUGGACUUGAUCUGUAUCGCACAAUAUUCUUCAUGGUUUUUAAUGCAAAACAGCAUCGCAUUUGUCCUUGUUUAAUUAAAAGACCUUAACUUUCA